GCAGGUGGCGCCAAACCAAUGCCGUCCAACUGAACCAGUGGACAGGAACCACCUGCCACUGACGAACCGAACCCCGUCUCCCAAGUCCCAAUUAGCCAGGCGGCGGCUCCUCUCAGUUCGUCUUGCUUCGAGCCUCCAGCGCCUCCGAUCUGACGCGCGAAUUACUCGGCUCACCUGACUCGCAUGCGCGGCGGCCUCCGCGGAUCGUGAGCCACAGCCAUCGCCUUUUUUUGGCGGCAAAAAACCGUUGGUCACCUCCCUUGGUUGCGCAGUUGCGCGCCAAUUCAGCUGUCCCUCAUGGCGCCUCAGCCUUCGCACUCGCUGAGGGUGAGCCCUCCCACUGGCCAUGCAGUGUGCAGGUGCUCCUCGGCCCCGCUCUUCGGGAAGCGGCUGCCGCUCGUCGUCGCCUUCCCCCGCGCCGGCCCCCCUGUGGCUCCCUGCUCGGCCGUGCAGGAGUCCUCCACCUCCACCACUGUUAGCGAGAAAAAGGAGGCAGCCGGUAACGAGAAGGCAACCACGGCAACGGCGAAGCCAGCUGCGAAGCCCAAGAAGGCCCCGGCGAAGCCGCUGCCAGAGAUGAUGCAGGAGGAGAUCAUUCCUCCGCUUAAGGCUGCUCUAGAGGCGGAGGAGAACGUGUCCCAAGUCGAGCUCGCGUUCCAAAACAACACGUUGGAGGGUUCCUUCAUAAAGGAUGACGUCCCUUAUUAUUUUUGGGCCUUCUUUCCAAAAGGAGACCUCACAGGACCGAAGGGCUUUGCGCUAUCGUCUUACAGCAAUGAGGUCAGCACCAUCGAGCCCUUCCUUAUCGAUGAGAAGAGGAUAACCGCCAAGUAUGUGGUCUUCUGGGUUUACAAGAGGCUGGCCGGGCAAGGUAUCCUUCCGGUCUGGAAGGAAGAGGAGGGUGAGGAAGAGGCUGCAAAAUAGUUUGUGAUCUCUCACUGUCACAUACACGCAGGGCGCUGUGAACAUAUACAGUCAAAUCAUGUGUAAAGCUGUAAAGUUCAUCUGCUGAUAAUACCAAAAAAUGCUGAUGGCCCUAUCUAAGCUGUAGCUUUCAGGUACUUUAACAAUUAGCAUAAGCUGCACGGCCAUUGAUACUUACGAAUCCUAUUAGAGUGUCAACUGGCAGUGUUUGUCAACCAAGCCGAGGCCAUCUUGUUGUGCUACAUGAUAAAAAAGGGUUCAGGCCUUCUUGUUGUACUACAUGACAAAAAAGGGUUCAGGCCACCUUGCUGUACCAAAAAAUGCUUAUGGCCCUAUCUACAUGAAUUAAAGUGGAUUUACGGAUA